AUGUUUUUCCAAGAUGCUCUAUAUGGUUUUACGGAGACCUUAUCUAAAAUCAGGUACAUAAGUGACAAGUUAAAUGCGAAGGUCGUGGAACAAGUCAAUGAUACCCAAGAAUUGGUGAUGUUGAACAAUUUCAUGCACGAGUCCGAUGAGUAUUUACUCAAGAAAUGUUUGCAGGAAAGAAUGUCAGACAUUGCUUCAUGGCGAUGGGUGUUACAAGAUCUUGAGAAACGUGUUGAUGAAACUCUAGAUGCCAUCCAGCAUGAAAGAGAGGCGCUGCAUGUUGUAGUACAAAGGAUAAACGAAGAAAUACACGCGUCAACUAACUUUGCAAAACCCGGUGUGUUAAGUCCAAUGAUCGAUUUUGUCGAGGAGGCUGUUAUGCAGGAAUUAAUAUUCCUACGACAACAAAAGAAGAGAUUCGAAACUGUUAUUCCACAAGUGGAAAACCUUAAAGUAAACCUUGAAAAAAUUAAAAGCAAAAUACAGAAAGAAGCCUUACAGAAAUGUGAAGCGAUAUCUGUAGAUGAAGCCUGUUGGAAUACGAACAAACCUGAUAAUUACGACAAUAAAAAGAGAAAGAAGAAAAAAUCUUUAUCUGUGGUCCGAUGGGAACGACGAUGUUCAAAAUUAAAAGACGCUGGAAUUAAUACAUUAAGACUUGCAGUGGUAACUCGUCAGAAGAUCAGAGCAGCAAGAGUGGAGCUUUCGAUCGCAGCGCAGGCGUACGGUACUCGGGUUGAUUCCGCGAUAAGGAGACGUUUGCACGCCAAUAUUAUAAAGUUACAAGAUCUCGAAUGGCAAAGACAUGAGGCUGUUCGCGACUUAAAAUCAUUGGACAUUGAAUUGGAGACAACAGAAAGGAGUGUACUCAAUACAAUGGAUCGACGGAAAUUAGUUGAAGGUAGACUAAAUGAAAGGAGACUACGACCUGUAGAGGAACAGACCGCAGAUCAAGUGACCUAUCAGCUACGUAUGGAACAAGGAAAGCUUAAGAGAUUUACUAACGAAUUAAGAAACAAUAUUGAUAGAAUCGUAUCACUACAAAAUCGGGUCAAAGAUACGAUAACGCACAUCGACUGUUACGCAGAAGAUAUAAUGCACGUGGUGAAAUUAGACCGACAAAGGCUACAGGCUCGAAGUGAUGAGGCAAUCACAGAGUCUAAUGUAACUAUUAUGCCAGAACCUUCUGAACCUGUACAAGAACCCCACCGGCAAAUGGACUUCGCUUUAGAGCCUAUUCAAGAAGAAGACGAAAGCUACCCAGUUCUAGAUUUGUAG